UUUUUCCUGCGGUGACGCGGAGCGCGCGUGAGAUUCUACCGCGGAGGAAUAUAUAUAUAUAAAUAAAAAACAUUUUUCGCGGCACGAAUUUGAGCUGGAAACCCAAAGAACACACCACUGCGCAUUUUUUUCGACCAGCAGCGCCUGAAUGAGCCGCAACUUUGCUCGGUGAAAAAAAGGGGCGUGUACGCGCGCUGCGCACAAGAAGCUCUCGCGGUGGUCCCGCCGCAAAAGCGCAAAAAGCGCGUUCUCUCUCUCUCUCGCUCGCUCAUCAGCUGCAAGCUUUUGCGCCCACACAACUCCGGGAUCUCUCGUGUCAUCGUAGCUCUCAGCCUAAUGCUCCGUGCAGUCGUCUUCAGUCCCCGUCGGGAUCGCGCGCAGAUCGACGAUGUGACCGGCGUGAAAGUGGGAAUGGAUCUGGUGUUGGUUCUGAGGUUCUGCUCUGCGACAGACAGUUUUCAGGUUGGUUCCGAGUGACCCCCUGCGCGAAAUUACGCAUUCCCCUCUCUUUCUCUCUCUCCUGUGCGUCUGAUCUUAAAAUAAUAAUCAAUAAUAAUAUAUUUAAAAAAAACAAGCAAACAUGGCAAACCACAGUCCCUAUGACAAUCGGGAUAUCGUUGAGAAGUAUCUCUAUCACAAACUUUUGAAACGAGGCUAUGUGUGGGAGUUCCGCGCCGGAGCGGCGGAGGACGACGAGGAAGACGACGACGGAUUGCGGGAGCCGCCGCCGCCGCCGCCGGCGGAAGUUGUGGAUCGCAGGCCGCGCGCCGUCCUGCCGCUGCACCGCGUUCUGCGCGAGGCCGGCGACGAGAUCGAGCGGACGUACCAGCGCGACUUCGCGGCCAUGUCGGACCAGCUGCACUUCACCCCGAGCACGGCGCAGCGCCGCUUCACCGCCGUCAUCGAGGAGCUGUUCCGGGACGGCGUGAACUGGGGCCGCAUCGUCGUCUUCUUCGAGUUCGGGAGCACCCUAUGCGUACAGAGCGUGAACCAGGAGAUGGCGUCCCAGGUGGACAACAUAGCAAGUUGGAUGACGGAUUACCUGAACGGGCCGCUGCAGAACUGGAUUCGGGACAAUGGAGGCUGGGAUGCCUUCGUGGAGCUCUACAGUCAUCAGAGGGCAUCCAUGUUCCACCCCUGGCCCUAUUUAAAGACAGUUUUCGGCCUGGCAGCACUGGGGGCAGCAGGAGUCACCAUCGGCGCCCUUUUUUCUCAGAAGUGAUCAUCCGGACAGUCAACACCUGUCCUUUUUUCUUUUUUUUUUCCUGUGUCUCUUCCUCUGGCUUAUAAAGACACUUGGUUUAUCAGCGUAGCACUGCCCUGCUGUUCCGUCCAGCUGUUUUUUAAAAAUGAAGAGGGAGAAAUGCAAUGAUAAAAAAACAAAAAAAAACAAAAAAAAAACAGAAAAAACAAUACAAAGUAGUUCCUAUACUACUUUACCUAUCCAUGCCAUGUAUAGAUCUAGGCCCAAAAAUCUAGUUACACUUAUACACAGACUCGCAGCAAACUCAUACAAAGUACAACUUUGAAAUUCAUGGACCACAUAAUCACAGAUGAAUGACAGUUAGUUCUUUUAUUGUGUACGUUAUUAUAUAUUUGAACUUCUAUGAACCUACAGACUGCGCUCCACAUGAUCCUUAUUAUGGUUUUAUUACUGUGUGUAGCAUGGAAUGAUAGAUGUUGGAAAGCAAAAGAAAAAGAAUUGAAACGAGACUGCUACAAAUGCUCCACUGUCUGCAUGCAUAGUGGGAAGCGUUUUUUUUUUUUUUUUUUUUGUGCAUGAUAACCUUUUCAGCAUGGAAAAGCACCACCUCUGUAAGACAUUGUUGCGUGUGAUUUUUUUUUUCUUUUCUUUUUUUUAUAUAUAUUUUUUUAUUAUUUAUCUGUCUUUCUCCUUCCCAAAUGUUUUUUCCAGCAUACCUCUUAAAAAAAAAAAAAAAAGCAGCAGAUGCUUCCCAUUCCCCAUUAGGCAUGCUCGCCUGUUUGAUUGGCGGGCGAGUCUCUGGGUUCGUUCUUGCCGGAUAACCGCUAAGCACUCGCUUCACUUGCUUUCAACAGCUUAAAAGUUGUGUUCUGUGUUAUACCACACCUGAAUGUAUAAUAUUUGUCUCUUUGUAUGGUGUGACUCUGGGGACAUUUAACCCUUCUCAUCUCAUCUCAUCUUAUCUCAUCUCAUCCGCUGUCACUUUUAUUUCAUGUCAUUUUUAUUCGAAGAAAAAAGACAUUUUAAAGGCUAAAAAGCCAUCGUGUAAAAUUAUUUAAGGGGUAGCAGCCGAAAAGGCAGGAACCAGUCAGAGAGAUGUGUGUGUGUGUGUGUGUGUGUGUGUGUGUGUGUGUGUGUGUGUGUGUAUGCAUGUGUGUGUAUUUGUAACUAUAAGUAGAAUGUUUUUGAGUUUAGUCAGAAAAGGUGGGUACCUUCCAGUCUAUUGCAGCACCAGAGAUAAGGCAGGGCAACUGGGGUUAGCCAGGUGUGGGAUGGGUAGGAGGAAGGUCAGGUAACAUGGAGGGACUCCAUGGACUCAUUUAUCCUGGCAUAUAACAGCACUCAUCCAGGGAGCAAAAGCUUUAGAAAGACUAUAAUAAUAAUAAUAAUAAUAAUAAUGGCGGUGUAGUAGUUAGCACUGUCGCCCUCACCUCCAGAGUUAAGGGCUUGAUUCCCAUCUUGAGUCUCUAUGCGUCGGCUUCCUCCAGGUACUCCUGUUUCCUCCCACAGUGCAAAGUCAUGCAGAAUAGGCUAAUUGGUCUUCCCAAAUUGCCUGUAGUGUGUGUGUGUGUGUGUGUGUGAGCACCCUGCGUUGGAUUGGCACCCUGUCAAGGAUGUACACCACCUCGUGCCUGAAGUCUCCUGGGAUAGGCUCCAGGCUUUUCGUGAUCCUGUACAGAAUAAGUAGAAAAUGAAUAAAUCAUCAUCAUCAUUGUAAUAAUAAUAAUAAUAAGUAAAGUAUUAUGAUUAUAGUUUUUUUCUUCUUUCCUGCACACACAUAAUUUUCACGCUGUUAGAAUGUUAUACGUUGUGACCCAUCUGGACCACUGAGGCGGUCCAGUGGAGCUCUGAUGAAACCUCGACCCAUCACCCUUUUGGACCUUCUAGUCAACAAAUCCGGCACCAUGACUGCAGAGUUAACAAUGCACCACUGAUAAACCACACACCACAGAAGUGCUUGGGCUCUUUUGCCUGAAGGAAUUCGUUUGAAACUAGACAACCUGAUCCUGUGUGCUUCUGCUGCUGCUUUCAUCCGGAACAGAACCUGAGCAGUAUCGGAUACACCAGUGCUCUCUAUUUGGAGAAUUUGCAGACAUUGACAUUGACCACAUCUGACUGUCACGUUCAGCAUGGGACCUAUAGUUUUCCCUGGCAGGUGGAAUCUUUGACAAUCAUAACAUAGUAAAAAUAUGUUUACUUGUAAUGUAAUGUUUUUUUGUUUUUUUUUUACUAUCAUUUAAUCUCGUCUUAGUGGUGCAACCUAACCUAUCCAAAAGUGAAUUAGUUGUGUCUUCAGAAUGCACAUCAUUGAGUCAACUGAAGUUGAUGACAGAACUCAUGUUUCAUGUUCUAAAGGUACAAAAAAAAAAAAAAAAACAUGGACGUAAUGCAAUUUUAAGCUUCUGCUAUGAACGCAGAAGUAUCAUGUAUCUUAUGAGUAUCUUACGGGAGAGAGUUGAAGACUCGCACUGUAACAUCAUGUAUUUUAAUGGCUGCUAAUAAGACGUGUAGCUCUCAGCAAUGUAACAUCUUUGUCAUUAGGACACCAUAUGAUGCUGCUUUACAAUACAGCAAAAACUGCCACUUCUGGGGAACUGUAACGAAAACUCCCUAUUCUGUAAGCUUCAAUAGCUCUCAGCAAUGUAACAGCCUCGUUAUUAAGACACCAUAUGAUGCUGCUUUACGAUACAGCAAAAACUGCCACUCCUGGGGAACUGUAACGAAAACUCCCUAUUCUGUAAGCUUCAAUCGUCAGGAACGAGGAGGGUAAAAGGGGGUAAAACUCAGACAGCCUUAGUGUGAUUGUAUAAACACUCUGGAACAAGAGUUUGACAAAAUAGAUCAGGGCCCGAGUCGCCCAAUAUAAUCAUUCUGUAGAUAAUAGUUAAGUAGUGUGAGUUUAUUGAAAACAGUUUUCUUUUUUUUUUCUUAUUAUUUUUUACUGAAAUCAUUCAUUUCUAAGACAUUUUCAGGCAACUCUCCACUGUAUCUUAUAGAGAAUUUGCAGAAAUGGUAGCAAUCUCAGAUUUUAACCUUAACUUCGGUUGAAAUAUGUUACAAAUUAUUAUUAUUAUUAUUAUUAUUAUUAUUAUUAUUAUAAAGGUGUUGGGUACAUUUAAUAUUUCCCUGCCCAGUGCUUUCUAAAAUGUAAUUUGAACCAGGAGUAUGCCUCUUUUGUCUCCUUGAGCUAUUACAACAAAUACAACAAAGUGAUGUAAAGAAUCAUAAUCCUGGCACAAGCCUCAUGUAGACACUGAGAACCAGAGUGAGUGUAGCUAAAGUAAAAUACCUGAGGGUAAUCGGGUCGAUCCUGGAGCCGCUAAACAUAUUGAAGCUCACAUGCUUUGCAGUAUGUUCUUUUUAAUUGGUGCAUUUUUUUUUUUAUUUUAUUUAAUUUUUUUCAUGAUCUCUUUCUCAUAAUAGUUAAUGGGGGGGAAAGUGCGUUUUUAUGAAUGAGCUACCUGGACACAGUUCCUUGUUGUUGUUAUUGUUUUUUAUAUAUAUAUAUAUGUAUAUUUUCUUAUACUUUAUUAGUUCUCCCAUUAUCGAGACAUUUUAAAGCCAAAAUGGGAUGUUUUUCAGUUUUAUAAUUGGAACAAUGCUAAAAUGGCACAACAACGUUUAUUAUGAUGGCUCUACUGUUCUACUGUUGAUUUUGUGUCCUUCUACCACUAUGCAUUGGUACCGUUCAUGUCCAGUGAUAAAGCGUGAAAGCAUCUCCCCAGGGUUUUUAUCAGUUCAAUUUAUCGAAGAGAUAGUGCUCAGCCCUAACGAGUAAAGGUAAAACAUUUUCGCCCAGUUUGAAUUGAUCUGUUGUAAUUUUUGUCCUCACGGCAACGCCAGUUGGUAUUUAAGCCUGCUAUUUACAUUAUGUAUGAGUGUGAUUUGUGUUUAUUAUUAUUUUUCUAUUAUUAUUAUUAUUUUUGGUUGCAGCAUUUUAGAAUUGCUUUCAGCUAUGUGAUUUUUAUAUUCGUUUCUGCAAUGUCUUAUUUUCGGAAAAAUACCCGAAACAGUUUCUCUUGCAUUCUGAAAAAAAUACAUGCACUUUAAAAAGAAAAAAUUUAAUAAAAAAAUCUGUUUAGGCAGCUAAUAUCAUAGAACCGUUUAUAACAUAAACCACGCCACAAUGAAAGAGCCAAGCCAGUUAUCGAAUCCAUUUUGUUUUGUUUUGUGAUUUUAUUGCUUCUCUUUUUUUGUACCUUCCAUUUCAAAGGGUAGCACUAAAUUUAAUUACAGGACCUUUAAACCUGAACAAAAUAUUCAUGGUAUUUUGUAUAUUAAAAAAAAAAAAAAAUCAUACCUAGAGGAUCGUAGUUUAUACUGUACUUUAUUACCAAAUCCUCUUGUCGCAGUCAUUAUUUGUUCUGCUUUCGAAAUGUAGCCUGCAUAAUUCACUAUUUGCAAUCACCAUUGUAAUCACUGUUGCAAAAAAAAAAAAAUGUUGUAUUUUGUUUUAAUUUAUCUUUGUAACACUUCGGUGUUCUGAUGUGCCCACAUUAUUUUGUCAACUUCUUCCUAUCAUAAGCUAACAAUGAUGUGUCUUAAUUAAAAGAGAAAAAAAAAACACCUUACCAUAUGUGAGCUGUCACUGAAUCACUGAAUCAUAAAUUUCAACCAUAGCACUUCAUAUAUAUAUCACCAUAUUGCAUACUGUAUAAAGUGAGUCGGUAAAAAAAAGAGAUGUUUCAUAAGCAGAUUGUGUUCCAGAAAAUCAACACAGGAUUGAGAUAUCACCUCUAAAGAACGCAGCGCUAAAUACAAUUCCCCGCUGAAUCUCUGCUGUUUAUUCUGUUUUCCUCGAGGGUUCAUUGUUGUGAGACUUAAGAUUGUGAAUAGAAUUAUUGGGAAUGUGAUUUAUUUCGGUCGACAGAUCACAAACAGCAUAGAGCCUCGGAGUGGGGAACCUGUGUGUGUUCUCUAACCUACCGAGUAUAUUCUCAGUAGUUCUUAGUAGUUUCUAUCACUCUGUCAUACAGUAAGUGAUGCAGCAGGAAUCCCACAGCUUGUCAGAUUCCAUCUAAAUCUCUAAAGUGAUGAGGAAGAUGGUCACGAUAGCUCCAGCACAUGAUGCUCACACUCUAAGCAUUCAUUUCUUCAUGUCAGUUAGGACAACUGGGACGGCGCUCGAACUGCACACAGCGUUCCCACUGGAAAUCUCCAUCGUUAGACAUUACACCAGAUUAACCUCCUCCUGCAUUCAAAGCCCUGCAGCCGAUUCACAACAUCCUCUUUAGAAAAAAGGAAUGAGAAAGUUUAGCGUAGAGAGUUUAGCUCAUGGGAACGUGAAGGCAAAAUUAGCUCAGGUUUUAGAGUUCUGUGUACAAAAUACUAUUCUCUCAGCACAUGAAAUAUUUAAAUUUAUAUUAGACAUUUUUUAUGCUCCAAGCAUUCAUGCUUAAAUGUGAUGACAUGAUUUAUGAGCAUUUGAGAGGAAAUGCUCUAAUUACAAGCAAUCAAUGCAAGUAAUAUUUUUGGAUGGGAGAUUUACAUGUAUAUAAUCUCAUAAUAUCAUCUGCGAGAUUGAUUCAAAUUUUUUCCCACUAAUCCUAUAUUUUACAAUAACACUUCAGAAAUCUGUCAUAUUUUAGAUUUAAACCUAUUACAAAGAACAUUGUAGAUCUUAUUUGCAUGAGACAGGAUUAUACAAAAUAACCUAUUGUGUAACAAAGCAUUUUUCCUACCUGCAUUUGGUAAUCACAGUUAUGCAUGAAUUAAAUUUUAAACCUGCCUAUUUAUGUAGACAAGGUUUUCCCAAACACUUUGUACAUGUAAAGAAUAAAAUCUGACAUGGAAAAAUGAUUUAGAAAAAUAAUAAAUGAUGGGGUGUGAGAUGUGGCCUGAAGUGAAGUGGAGAACCUCUUACUAGUAGAAAAGCACAUUAUUUUCAUUUAACAGCAUGUCCCACAAGUAAUAUAUCCCACAGGUGAUUGUGGAGGCCAUGUCAUCUGUCGCCUUCCUUCACUCUUCUUCCUGGACAAAUAGCUCUUACAUUACCUAGAGAUAUGUUUUGGGUUCGGGUUUGUCCUGUUGGAAAACAAAUGAUGGUUCCACCAAGUGCAACCCAGAUCAGAUGGCAUGUUGCUGCACCCCCACACCAUCACACCACCUUCUCCAUACUUUACAGUGUUCUCCACAUCUUCAUGAACCAUCUGUUUACCCUGAGUAUGUCUAGCAAAGACAUGGCAGUUAGAACCAAAAAUCUCAAAUUCGGCCCUAUCAGACAAGGUCAGUGUUGUACUGAUCUAUUGUUUAUUCCUUGUGUUUUUUGGGCCAAGCAAGUCUCUUCUUUUUGUUGUUUUUGCAAAAUAAUGAUUUCUUUCCCACAAUUCAAUUAUAAAGAGUCUUUUCUGAACAGUGGAUGUCGAAAUUUGUCUGCUGCUUGAACUCCGAAAAAGCAUUUACAGUAUGGGGGCUCUUAUCUGAUGUGCUGUAAAUCAGCUUUUUUUCGGAGGCUGGUACUUCUAAUAAACUUAUCCUCUGCAGGAGAGGUAGCUCUUUAUCCUCUUUUCCUCGGACGGCCCUCCUCAUUAUAGCGUUUGAGGUUUUUUUGCGACUGCAUUUGGAAAUACAGUACAUUCAAGCUCUUAAAGCAAUCAUGGACUGUCUUUUCCCUUUAUUUGACAGAGCUUUUUUUUUUGGCCAUAAUAUAGAUUUAUACAGUAGUUGUAGUACUGUAGCACUAAUAAGGGUAUUUACUCAAAAAACACUUUGGACUGUUACUGUACAUACUGUAACAGCAAAUGACUGUCACUCCCUCCUUGAAGUUAAUUGGACAAACAUAUUCUGCUUGGCAACUUUUCUAGAAGUUGAAAAACUCUCCAUCCUGAGAACUUUACCUUUACCUCUGACUGUUAUAAAGCUCUAGCACUGACUCUAUACUUGCAAAAAUAGUUCAUAUUUGUCUCGUUUAAACUUUUAAUGAAGCCACAAAAGUCUAGAGGUUGUUAUUGUAGAAACAACAGUUUAUUAGAAUGCAUAAAUAUUAACCUGUGAUUUUAAUUAACAAGAAAAUAGAAAUUGAAUUAACAGCUUAUUGGGAUUUUCAUUAACACAAAUUAACUAUUUAACAUUAUAUCAUGGACACCAAAUUGAAUUAUAGAUAGGAGGAUUUUUAUGAUCUGAUCUAUAGUUUUAUAAUUACAGUUAGUACAAUAACAUCUCAUUUACCUUGUAUUCUUGACACGCCACUGUUCAGAGGUGAUAUGUCUAUUAAAAAAAAUUAACUGUUUUUUAUAAUUGUUUUUAAUUAGAUCUACUAAUCGAAGUUUGAAGCCAAAUUACAUUUUAAUAUGUUUAUAUUUCUAUUGAAAG